AUGGAGACUUAUACUUUAUCUCGCCUUGAGCUUCUUUUUGCCGGCCAAUUCAUCGACUUCGAACAGGCACUAUCAGAACAUACGUCAGAUGGAGGUGCGAGAGCGAACUUUGUUGAGCGAUGCGUUCUAGGCUUUGAGAAGAAUACCGACGACGACGAUUGUGUCAAGCAAAGCACCAAGCGAAUGAUCCAGGAAAAGCUGCCAACCAUGAGUGUCAGCCGAUCUGCGGUCGACGACGCUCGACAAUCUAGUCAUAAGCGGGUCAAGAUGGAAGCUCAGCUUCUGAACGAUAUCGAUGACAGCCAAACGAUGAAACCGUCUGAGAACACGUCGCAUACGAAUAAGCUUUACGUUGUCCCCGACCGCGGGUCGUAUUAUUGGCAGCUUGCAAUCGGAGGCAACAUCAUUGCCAAACGUCAAGAUGAUGAUUGGGUCAACAUCACUUCGAUAUUGGCGUUGUACAAUCCCAUAGUCACAGCUAAGCAUUUCAAGCACAUGGAAAUUGAUAAAUUGAAAAAGGUCGUUAGCGCCUACGAAGUUAUUAACAUGAGAUCAGGAAUCUCGGGCACUUACAUGCCACUAGAAAACGCAGUGUUGGAUAGGAUUCAUGAACUCGGCUUGUACGACCAAACCAAAGAUCUUCUCGAUGCUCGUGGUGACAUGAGACCCAAACUGGAGUUUAACAAGGCCACAUUCUACUCCGAAGCCGACGCUGAGCCUAAAUCCAUCUCCAGGAAGGGGCGCAAUUUCAUUUCGAUCAAGACGUCGCGGUGCUUCAUCUCUCGGAAUGUUGCCAAUAAUUGGAUCAAUGGUAGCCAGGUAAUCCUCGCCGCUGGUGCCUCAUCCGCCGAGUACAAUGCCAUCAUUCAAAGAUACACAAAGGGGAUUGGUGAAGAAUUGAAGAUGGGUACAAGUCACCUCAAUGGAUGGUAUUUUCCUUACCAUAAGGCUAUCAAAAUUGCCAAGGAGUGGAAUGUCAUUGAUCUGGUUGGAGGUCUCUUGGUUCAUGAUAUGCCGUUUGAUGACGAGGCCGAGGUAGAGGAUAUUUCAAAAUUACUGACAAGGAGCUUAAGGAAUGGGGAGCUUAGGACCAAAUCACACGAAAACAAAACUUACUUGAUAAGUUCGUGUGGUGCUAAUAUCGUUUCUAAGCGUUUGAAUGAUAGCUGGCUCAACGCAACCCAAAUUCUAGCAUUGGUCCUGAAUCCUGGGCAUCGCCAUGGAGAAAUGAGAAGAAUUCACCUUGGAGAAGAUUAUGAAAUUGUUAUGAACUCCCGAAUCCUCAUUGGUACAUAUAUCCCGCUCUCCGCCGGCAUCGCUCUUGCACGAAGAUAUGGUGUCCUGGAGAAAAUACAGUGUUUGUUAGAAGACGAGCAACUAGAUGAUGUUAACGACUCUAGCGAUUCUUCUCCCGAAGAUGACGAAAAUGUCGAAGUUGAGAGCGAAGCCGUGGUUAAACAGAAUUGGAGGAGCUUGAGCCUUACUAAUUCCACUGGGACAUCGUUUCAGGAUUCCUUAGACAAUGUGGGUCAGAUGAUUGUGAUUAGUAGGAACACCAGCAAUGGCUCAGGAAGAAGACCAAGACCAAGGCUUCUGACAGAUGGUUUAGCAUCCUUCGAAUCAUUUAAGAAGUGUUUCGCAGUUACUUUCAGCGAGAACCCGACAGUUGUUGGAUUCAAUGGAUUAUCCAGCACCGCAUCCGCAAGAUACAACGUGUCUUCCAAUGGGGACAACGUAAUCGACAAAGACCGAGAACGUAUCAUCGACGGUGUCAGAGCCACCCCCGAGGGUACUAAAUGUGUCAUAUUGAUACGGGGUAUUGACGGCUGGACAUCGAAUGUCGAAAGCUUGAGAGAAUUUUCAAAGGCAUUUGAGAACGUGGAUAUUUGGCUCGUAUCUGCAGUUACUAAAGGUUGGGGUCAUUCAGAGGCUUGGCGCGAAGAGAGCAAUGGAGUUCGGUACAAUGUGUUCCCUAUGUCAGCCUUGUCUAUGUCGUUACCAAGCUGGCAAGUUAGCCACUUUGUAACGGUCCUUGAUAAGAUUCAACAUGAAAAGAAGCAGGGCCGGGGUGCGCAUAUCGGCUGGCUCACGCGGGGAAGGGCAUUUGUUCUCUAA